GGGGGUGGGAUGUGUUCCCCUUUAAGAUGAGCCUUUCCCCUCGGCCUGUCACAUCGACCCGGGACGCACGCAGGCUUCUACUGUCAUCCCGUAACUACUGAGUCUGAGCAAUGUCUCGUAUGGAGAAGGCUGUGGUGUCCAUCGUGGAGGUGUUUGAGGAGUACGCGGGGCAGGACGACAAGAAACGUCAGCUCAGCUUUAGUGAGCUGCAGGAACUGCUGCAGAAGGAAAUGUCCAGCCCCGAGUUCCAGGGAAAGAUUGACCCAGAGGACAUAAAGGAGGCUAUGGAGGUCAUGGAUAAGAACCAUGAUGGAGAGAUUAACUUCAGGGAGUUUUCCCGCUGUGUGUCCAUGCUGGCUCUGGGCUACUUCCGGAAGAAGCAUGGCAAGGGGGGCAAGAGGGAUAAGGAGGGUAGGGGGGGCAGGGGGGAUAAGGAGAAAGCUGACAAAUAGUAAGGAGAUGACACAGCAGACCAGACUGGGGCUUCACCUGAGACAGGAAGCAGGAAGUCUCCUGAGGACUCACACCUGCAUCUACAUCAGCACCAGCCAACCACAAGUUUACACAUCAACCGUAUAUGGCACCUCAAGUUUGUCAUGACUUAAACUAAAAUGAACUGUAUCUGUUGUUUGAUUUAAAUAUGUGGUCGUGUAGCAUCAGGGAUCAUACAAUUGCUAACAGACUAAAAUAAAACAAACAAAACUACACUCACAAA